AUGAAAUCGCCGACAGAAAAAACGCACACAAACGGAAGAAAAACAUUCAUUGGUUUGUGUUCCACCUCCUGCUUCCUACUGUCCGUCGUUUGCUGUAUCGCACUGUUUCACGUGGAAUUCAGAAUACACGAGCAUCGUCGACUCAUAUCACAGUUGGAAACAUUCCGUCAAGAGAUUCAAAGAGAAGUCGCUCAAGUUAAACAGGAUUGUAAAAAAGGGAGAGUAACCAAAAGUAACCAUCUCGACUUUUGGCAAAAUACAAAAGGUGGCUGAAAAUGAACAGAAAGUGGAUAUAGGUGACUUUUUGCUAAACCAUGGUUUAUCCUUUCACGUGGUUUAACUAGUAAACAUCGUCGGAGAAACCAAGUUUUUCAGUUACGUAUUGGAAUCAACUACAGAAUAUAGGGCCAUAUUUUAAGUUUUAAAGAACACAGAAAGGGAUAUAUCUUAGUGGCUCGGUGGCUCGUCAUUCUAGGUUAGCAUCUUAAAGAACGAGAGAGGUACAUUUUAGUGGCUCGCGGGCUCCGUCCCAACGAAUACACCUAGAAAAUUCGCCCUGUAUUCUGUUAUUUAACUUUUCAAAAGACUGUCCGAGCUUAUAUGUAGUUCAUAUAUUGAAAUAUUAAAACAUUACGCUCAUUUUUCAAGGUCGCAAAGUUAUAUACAGAGAAAAACGUGAUUCAUCAGAUGCCUCUCAAAACAAAUCGGUUACAAAAGCCUCCGAAGUAAAAAAGCUGAUCAAAAAAGAGCUUCGCCAGUUACAGAAAAAAAUUUGUGCCAAAAAUGAAAAGCUCUGUCUACCAGGACCAAAAGGAAACACAGGAAGACGGGGAAGACGAGGACCCCAAGGCAUACCGGGCCCCAGAGGGAGAUCCGGCCCAGCGGGGACUCCCGGUAACAAUGGAUCAAUAGGACAACUGGGACCAAUGGGUAUAAAGGGGGAUCGCGGAUUGCCAGGUCUGCCAGGAUCUCCCGGUCCUAGAGGUCCGCCUGGUGAGAAAGGCGCACCGGGACAAUCCAUAUCGGCUCCCUCCCUGUUACAGCAGCCUGUUCAAACGACAGUCAAUGAAAGUCUGACAGCCAUCUUGAAAUGUACAGCGGCUGGAAAUCCUCCUCCCAAGGUCACAUGGUUUAAGGUGAACUCAACACUUCCUGUCGGACGUCACGUUGUAGAGUCCAGUGGCGCUCUGAUUCUUCAGGAUGUUAGACCUGGAGACGAGGGCCAAUACACCUGCAAAGCUGAAAAUUUGCUGGGAACCAUCAACGCUAGCGCACGGCUAACAGUGCAGUGUAAGUUGCAUUUCAUUCUUCAAGAUUUCAAGACGCUUUUUUAUCUCUCUCAAAUACAUUUUCUGACAUGUUGUAGGAGUAUUCUAAGGGACACUUACAGCUAGUCCCUUAUUGCCGUUCUUUAGUUACUUCCUCUGACCUUCAUUAUAAGAUGUACAACUCUCUAAAACGAUCGGUUAGUAAUGGUCGCAGCGGUGUGAUACAGUAUUUUGAUGGCAGAAUAAACGUGUUUUCUAGUUCUUGCCAAUUCCACCCUUUAUUGAAUUGUCUUCAAAUCACCUGAUCUGAAGCAACGUAAAUAAAAAAACGUAUAAAGAAAAACUAUAGUAUAAAGUUAUGUCGAUGAAUUUGAUUCAUUGGUUAUGACCUUUUUAAAGAAACCAAUGAACUCCGUAGAAGUCUUAAUCAAAAGGAAACAAGUUUCUUUGGUCUUGACGGUCGCUGUAAGUGUUUUUCUAAAAUAGACCAUUUUCCUUGGGAUUGGCUGCCUACGACUGGUGAGCUACAAAAAAACUAGCCAUUCAGGAAAACUAGUUUUAGAGACUGUUCAAGUUCGCUUACUGAUAGAGGUGAUGGCUGAAUAGGGAUCAAGUUUAAAGUAAAUAAAGGGGGCAAAUUUCGGGAAUUUCAUAAGUAAAAAUUUUUCCACUGGUGCUGAAAUAAUGGAGAGUAUUUUGUCACCAGAAUAAAAGCGAUUUAUUCAUUUCUUGCCAGUUGGUCCCCAGAUAUUAUUGUCAUCAAAUCGCCUGAUGGCUGAACAAAACCAAAACCUAACAAUCGACUGCACUGCCACUGGUCAGCCUCAACCCAAGAUCACGUGGUCCAAGUUAGGAGGAGUUUUGCCAAAAGGAAGAAAUGAAGUGAUGGACGCAGCCUUGAAGAUCUAUCAAGUGACGAGAAACGACGGUGGAGUAUAUACGUGUAGAGCACAUAAUAUCCUGGGAUCAGCGACAGGUAUGGCUCAAUUGAUGGUUUUUUCGCCUCUUCGGUUCAAAGUUCGACCCCCUCAAGAAUUUACUCCUGUGGUUGGCUCAACUGUUCGCCUGCCUUGUGUGGCCGAGAGUGACCUAAUACCUACUCUCACUUGGACAAAGGACGACUCUUUUCUUUCGGUUGGUUCAAGGAUUCUGCAAGACAACACUCUGGUUGUUGGCAGCAUCAAAAUAUCUCACAAAGGAUCUUACACCUGCAGAGCGAGUAAUCCCUUGAAAACGAUAGAAGCCAAAGUGAAAAUCAAUUCUCCAGUUACUGCGGCUUCCUGUUCUUCUAUCAGUAACAGUAUAAGCGGAAAUUACGUCAUUGAUCCAGAUGGCGAGGGAGGUCUGGCGCCAUUCACUGUUUACUGUGAUAUGAGAGCUAAAAAUGGAGUUGGCGUGACAGUCAUCAGUCACGACAGUGAAAGUAGAACAUCGGUGAAAGGAUAUGAAGGUAUGGGUGCAUACUCACGAGAUGUUCGUUACAAAGGAGCGAGUGUAUCUCAGCUGGCGAGUCUCACUAGAGUUUCCUCGCACUGCGAACAAUUUAUCAAGUAUGACUGCCAUGGUUCGCUUCUGCUUUACAAAAACGAUCCACGUGGAUGGUGGGUGUCACGUGAUUCUACUAAGAUGACGUACUGGGGUGGAGCAUCUGGCAAUAGCAAGUGCGCAUGCGGGAUGACUAACUCGUGUGCAAAUCCCAGUCAUGGCUGUAACUGUGACAAGAAUGACAACGUAUGGCGUGAAGACAGCGGUCUCCUCACUGACAAGACCAAGCUUCCUGUAGUACAACUCAGGUUUGGGGAUACUGGUAACAGCGGAGAACAAGGUUACCAUACACUCGGAAAACUAAAGUGCUUUGGAACAGCAUAA